GACAAAGAAUCAGAGAAGCUGAGUGAUGAGAUGGCAAAGGCGCGGACGCGCGGAAGAUACCCAUGAAAUAGACAGUAGCAGAAUUUUAACGCGAGGGAAGGGCAUUCGAAGCUCUGAUCCUUGAAACCAAGGGGAAAAGAAAAAGAGAGAAAAAAAUGAGAGAAUGUGACAAGCCGAUGAACAACAACAACAAGGGCAAGGAAAUUGCAGUGCGAACAAGAGUCGAGAUCAAUCAAAGCGACGCAGGUGAAGACGAGGACAAGAUUACGAUAUCUACCCCCACCGGAAAAUUCAGUCCUCGUAACGUUUCUUCCAAAUAUGACUUCGUCAAGGUGAAGGUAUGGUUAGGCGAAAAUGCGGAUCAUUAUUAUGUUUUAUCCAGGUUUCUGCUUAGCAGAAUGUUAACCGUCACGAAGAUUCCGAAUCAUGUCGCUGUUAAAAUCGCUCUUGAGCUCAAGAAGCUGCUAAUAGACAACAGCCUUUUAGAUAUCUCACAAUCCGAUUUAGAGGCUAAUCUUUUUAAGCUAAUGCAACGGCGAGGUUAUGGGUUAGCCUAUGUAAACCGGUACAAGAUGAUGACCAGAUUUCACCAUCAGAGAGUUCCUUUGGUAAUUCUUGUUUGUGGAACUGCCUGUGUUGGGAAGUCUACAAUAGCUACACUACUUGCACAGAGGCUAAACUUGCCAAAUGUCUUACAGACUGAUAUGGUGUAUGAAUUGCUACGCACAGCAACAGAUACACCAUUAGCAUCUACUCCUGUAUGGGCACGGAAUUUUAGCUCCUCUGAGUUAAUUACUGAAUUUUGUCGUGAAUGCAGGAUAGUUCGCAAAGGGUUGAAUGGAGAUCUAAAAAAGGCAAUGAAAGAUGGAAAGCCGAUUAUUAUCGAGGGAAUACAUUUGGACCCUAGCAUUUAUUUAAUCAAUGAUGAGCUUAAAACUCCAACCUCUGAACAUGGACCAUCCUUGCUGUCCAUGGCAUCAGAUGAUAAAUCUGCAGUGCAAACGGAAAAUAAUUUAACUACUACUUCUCAAAGUAAUACAGAAAAUGGCCAAGACCAUCCUGUGCAUGUGGCUGAAGAUGUGUCAGUUGCCAAGGUCAACAAAGUCUCAGAAUCCAUAAAGUCGAUCGCUCUAGCAACUGCUUCUGGUGGUAAAGGUGAAUCUGUUAAGGUACCAGAAGGAAAUAGAAAUACUGCUAGCAAAGAAAAAUCUGGCCCUAAGCCAAUAGUAAUACCGAUAGUUCUGAAGAUGUCUGAAUUUGAUCACAAGGCAUUACUAGAGGAGAGAAUCGCUACUCAUACAUUAGGUGGUAAAUGUCCAGUCCAGGAUACAGAGAGUCUAAUAACGAACUUGAAGACUAUCCAAAACUAUCUUUGCUCUUUCAAGUCACAGGGUUUAACGGUUGUAAAUGUAUCAGCGACAACAUUUUCACAGACAUUAGAUUGGCUACACGGAUAUCUUCUUCAGAGCUGGGAUGAAGGAAUGAAAUAUUAUGGAUGCGAUUAAGCAAGCUGCUUAACUUUUUGAGCUCCAAUGUUAGAAAUCAUAUCGAGGCAAAGACUACUGCAAAUACUUGAUUGGGAAUCUUGGAAAAUGGAUCAUCCACACAACAAAUUCACUGCAGCCAAACCAAACUCUCAAUCUCCUGUUCUGGGAAAGCCUUUAUUGCACUCAACACUAUAAUGUUUCUCUUUUUCUUUAUGGAUCAACUCAAAACUGAGCUAGUCGGCCCAGAAGAUUGUCAUCCUAACAUCUACAGAAUAAACAUUUCUCGUGAUUGUAUAAUUUGCUUAAAUCGCCUUAUUCGUUUCUUCCUUUGGACCAUCAUCGAAGGAAGGAUGAAUCAACAAUUCAUCCAUCCGUUCUGACC